AUGUCAAAUACUUGGGAUGAUGUAUGGGCAUCAGAUAGUGACGUUGAAACUGAAGGAUCUCCGGAUUUAGUGAAGUUAAGAGAGAAUCAUAGCAAGAGGGGGUACUUGGAUGGAAUAGUGAACUCCAAAGAAGAAAACCUGCAAGAAGGUUUCAAUGACGGUUUUCCUACUGGCGCUAAAUUAGGAAAGCAAGUUGGUGUGAUUAUGGGGAUUUUACUUGGUCUGAAGACACGAUUUGGUGAUAAAGAUGAAGACCUCAGUAAGGCGUAUAUCGAGGCGCUAAAAGAAUUACGCAUUAACAAAGUGCUUAGUAAGUCAAUAUUUGAUCCAAACUUCGAUUUACAAGAAAAACAUCCGCUAAUAACAAAAUGGACUGAUAUUGCGAACAGUUAUUGUGAAAAGUAUCACGUGCCAUCCAUUUAG